CUGCCCCCGGGAGGGAGCCCGAGCCGGGAGGCGGGCCAGCCCCGCCCCGGGAAGGCGAGGCGCGCAGGCACGGCGGGGCCCGGCGCCUUUGUCCGGGGCGAUGUCGGGCGGGGAGCGGCGGCGGCCGGCAGGCCACGUCCGGUUGGAUAGCAGACCUGCAUUAGCCACCACAGAUGGAAAUCAGAACAUCACAGAAGUAGAUGCACUUGAUAUAAGACAAACACUUGAUCCUGCAGUGCAAUACAGAAUGAACCAUCAAAGAAGAGGAAUUGCGUUAAUCUUCAAUCAUGAGCACUUUUUUUGGCAUUUAAGGCUGCCUGACAGACGUGGGACUCUUGCAGACAGAAACAAUCUGAAACGCAGUUUGACAGACCUUGGGUUUGAAGUCAGACUUUUUGAUGAUCUGAAAGCGGAAGAUGUGCUGCAGAAAAUUUAUGAAGCCUCGAAGGAUGACCACAGUAAUGCUGACUGCUUUGUUUGUGUCUUCCUGAGUCAUGGUGAGAACGAUCAUGUUUAUGCAUAUGAUGCUCAAAUCAAAAUUGAGGCAAUCACAGACAUGUUUAGAGGAGACAAGUGCCAGAGUCUGGUAGGAAAACCGAAGAUAUUUAUCAUUCAGGCGUGUCGAGGUGAUAAACAUGAUGAUCCAGUUAUUGCUCAGGAUUCAAUAGACAGCAGUGAUGAAUCCAUUGUCAAUGAGACUGAAGUGGAUGCAGCUGGUGUCUAUACCCUGCCUGCUGGUGCAGACUUUAUCAUGUGCUACUCUGUGGCGCAAGGUUACUUUUCUCAUCGUGAAACUGUAAAUGGCUCCUGGUACAUUCAAGAUUUGUGUGAGGCGCUUAGGAAGCAUGGCUCUUCCUUGGAGUUCACAGAACUUCUUACUGUUGUUAACAGGAAAGUAUCUCAUCGCAAAGUGGAUGUGUGCAGAGACAUUAAUGCUAUAGGAAAAAAACAGAUUCCUUGUUUUGCCUCAAUGUUAACUAAAAAAUUGUAUUUUCAUCCAAAAUCUAAGUAGAUUGUUAUUUAGUAAUGACAACCAUUAACUAGUACUCACUGCAGAACUGAAAAAUGCAUCAUUUUAGUUCAGAAGGCUAAUAAUCUACAAGACUGUUUGCAAAAACACUGGGAUCAAACAUUACAGUUUGUAUACCUAAUAGCUUAAAGCAAUUUUAAGGCUAGUAUUGUAUCACUGUUCAUCUCAGGGAAUUUGGGAAAAGUUCAGUGGUGUAGAACUAUUAAACGCUCAGAUUUUAUUGAAAACGGUACUCUAGACUACUUUUUUUCUUAAAAGUUUUUUGCUUGAUUGCCAUGUAACUGUGGCAGAUUUUACUAUUUCUAAAACAUCUUAGAUGUUGAAUUAGAUUAGCUUGUCUUGCUCCAAGAGCACAGUUUCCGGGGAAUGUAUCUGUAGGGCAUCUUUUUAAAUCUGUGGACAAUGGUAUCUACCUUCCAAUUUUUGUGGAUUUAUUGAGCUUUUUAGACCUUUUUUUGGUUGUUUUUUUUUUUCUGAAAACUAAAAAGGAACUUAAUUCCUUGAAUAUAACUGUAGCAUUAAUAUAGAUAGAGAGCUUCUUUUAGCUUGCACAUAAUUUACGUUUUGGGGCACAAUUACAGCUUGUUGGUGCAUUGCAUCCUCAGGAGAAAAGCAAGCAGUAGUGAAAUGAGCUUGCUUAGCGUGACUUCGGGUAAGCAUGCCUUGUACGCAUCUCUAAAGCUAAAAGCAAAUCAUUUCAAGGUUCCAGGCUCGCUGCUGGGCAUGUCUAGGCAGCUCUGUAAAAUACUACAUAUGCAAACCUUCAUGCUUCAGGCCUUGGUGUUGCAUCAGCCUCUCCCUCCCUUUGGCCCCAGAGGAGGUCAGCCAUACUUUGUUAUUGUGUACAUAAAAGCGAUAAUGCAUUUGUCACCAUAGGAUUGUUACUACUGCAGCAUCAGUAAUUUCAAUAAUGCUGACUAGAACCGAAUAGUUCUUUUAUUAUUUUUUAUAUUAUUAGUACAUAUGCUUAAUUCUGGGGGACAAUGGGGCUGAGAAAAGUGUCUUAAUCCACUUUUUUGGUAUAAAAGAAUUGAUUUACUGGCUCUGCAUUAGUUAAAUCUUUCCAUAAUACUAUGUUCAGAGUCAUAGAUGUUAAAUGUCACUAUGGCUACUUUUAAGCUUUGUAUAAACCAUGUAUGUUUGAAUGUUUUGAUAAAUUCUUUCAAUAAAAUGCAACAGUGAAACAUAAA